GUCAUAUGACUUGUGGUUCCGCAGAAUUGGGUACAGUCAUUUACAGUUGUCAACCACAGUCCAAGUUUCCGUCCCGACGUUUAAACCGUGUUCGGGAGGUUCUCACACGGAAUAUGUCAGCCUCAUAAACCUGUUUAGGAUUUCAGCUCACCGUCGUCCUAGGAUAACCAAUGUCAGAUGUCUGUUGCCAUGUCUAGUCUGGAGAGCCUGCGGUCCUCUGUGUUUACCUUUGAGUCCUCCGUGCACAGCUGCCAUGUGCUGCGUUGUCUGGACGACCAGCGGAGGCGUGACCUGCUGUGUGACAUCACUGUGCUGGCCGAAGGGAGGAGUUUCAGGGCCCACCGUUCUGUGCUGGCCUCCUGCAGCGACUACUUCACACACAGGGUCUCCUCCCACGCACCACAGGGACUUGUCGUCACCCUGCCUCAGGAGGUGACGGUGAGUGGCUUGGAGCCCCUGCUGCAGUUUGCCUACACGUCCAAGCUGCUCUUCAGUAAAGAUAAUGUCAUGGAGAUACGACACUGUGCCUCUAUUCUGGGUUUCAGGGAUCUGGACUCGGCCUGUUUUGACUUCCUCCUGCCCAAGUUCUUCAGCAGCAGUUCGCCCUCCUUCCAGAGGAAGACCUGCUGUAAGACACGGUGCAGGAGACAGUCCCCCGGGUCAGAGCUCAGCAACAUCGACACGAACAAGGAUGUCUUAGACGAUGACAAAGGGGUCCGGGUGGUUUCUGAUUCGCCCGUUGAACAGGAUGUGGGUGGACAACCAGCAAAUGACGAGACGGGACGUAAAAGCAAAUAUCUCACACCUCCUCCUGAAGCCGAUAUCCAAUCAGACGGCCAGACUGACUACUCCCUACAGUGCCCCAAGUACCGCAAGUUCCAGCAGGCUUGUGGGAAGGUGAGGCCGUGCGUGGAGAUCUGUGUCCCAGAAACAAACCAUGACUCCCCAGUGGGGAGAGAGGAGGGCUGCCCUCUACCCCUGCACCUUCCCACGUCCGUGCGACCCUGUUCCAGUGGUGUAGGAUUUAGGGAAGGUCCUGCGGUGGAGACGUCUUCUGGAGAAAACUAUUCACUUCUCUCACAGACACAGACUGACCAGGCAGGACAGGGAGAGGUGGAGCAGAGGACUGACCAGGCAGGACAGGGAGAGGUGGAGCAGAGGACUGACCAGGCAGGACAGGGAGAGGUGGAGCAGAGGACUGACCAGGCAGGACAGGGAGAGGUGGAGCAGAGGACUGACCAGGCAGGACAGGGAGAGGUGGAGCAGAGGACUGACCAGGCAGGACAGGGAGAGGUGGAGCAGAGGACUGACCAGGCAGGACAGGGAGAGGUGGAGCAGAGGACUGGAGAAGAGGAUGAUGAGGAGAAGAGAGAGACGAAUGAGGGGAAGAGAAAGAUGGACGAGAGAAGGAGAGAGGAGAGGAGGAGAGGAGAGACAGAAGAGAGGAGGAGAGGAGAGACAGAAGAGAGGAGCAGAGGAGAAACAGAAGAAAGGAGGAGAGGAGAGACAGAAGAGAGGAGGAGAGGAGAGAGGGCUUCUGGAGUUGACUGUCACAGCUCUGUCCUUCCUCUCGUGGAGGUGUCUAGUGGUCGGCUUGUCAGCUGUGAAGAGAGCCCAGGGUUGGGUACAGCACCACACCGAUGUCCCUUGGAGGUACCCGGGCUGGACAAGCAGAGCCCUGGAGGUGUGGGGGAAGGAGGUUGUGUUCUAGGGGGUAGAGGACACCAUGAAGGGAUAGAUUCAGGUGUCUCCUGCCUGCCACAGACAGAACAGGAGCAGGGAGAGAGAGCGAGGAGAAAGGUGGGGAGAAGGAUAGAACAUGGAAGAAGUGAAAGCGGAGCAGGAGAGAGGAGAGAGCGAGGAUGGGAAGAGAGGAGCAGUGUGGAAAGAGAGGUGGCUGAACACUUGGCCCAUGGCCUCUGGUCAGAGCUCCCCUCUUCUCCUCCCCUCCUCCAGGACUUCCCUGCGACUGAGUCUGGGAACCUCCGGAGCAGCAGCUCCACCUUGGACUGGCUUCACCAGCUUGACAUCAGCUCCAGUACCGGGGACUGUCCCUUCCUCCACGGCUUGGACAGGGAGACAGACGGAGGGACGGACAGAGGGACAGGGGAGGGGACGGACAGUGGGACAAUGAGCGCGACUGGGCUGGGGUGCGAGGGGUCGUCCCAGUUAGAGAAGAGUCCCUGUGUGUCCUCCCUGACAUCUGGAGACGAUGGAGACUCCGACUGCUUCGAUACGGAGGGAGACAGCGAGUCCUGUUCCUACAGCCAGAGAGUCAGGGAGGUGCAGCUGCCGUUCUCUGUGGGUCGUAUCGUGGGGUUGAGCAGGAAUGACUUCCAGCUGAUGCUGAGGCACCAGACUCUGACCCGAGAACAGCUGGACUUUGUCCACGACGUCAGACGCAGGAGUAAGAACCGUAUCGCGGCGCAGCGCUGUCGCAAGAGGAAGCUGGACUGUAUACACAAUCUGGAGUGUGAGAUAGACAAACUGAGGACAGAGAAGAACCAGCUGAUAUCAGAGAGGAGCCAUCUGAACCAGAUGAAGCUGAAUACUUGGCACAGUGUGUCCGCUCUUUGUCAGAGAGUCUGCAGCGAGGCCGCCCUGAGACCAGAACAACUCCAGGUCCUAGCCAAGUACUCCUCCCCAGACUGCCCGCUCUCUGCUCUCAUCUCCCCUACAGACCCAACCUCCCCUGGGCUAGGAGGACUACUACAAUCCCAGGCCUCUCCCUAGGCCUGCUCCUCCUCAGGCCUAGCCUCAGAUACCUGUCAGAACCCUUCGGAACCUUCGGAACCCUCGGCCAGCUGCUCCAGGGACACACCCACAGGGGAGGAGCACUCAGGUGAUUGAACAAGCCCUCAGGUAUAUACAGCUGUGUGAUCAGUUGACUUGGAUGCCCUGCCCACGGUUGAGUGUGAGUCUGGACACCUUCAUCAUCGUCAUCAUCACCAUUUCAUAGACUUUCUUCUACAGGCAAAGACACUGUGGUUGUGUUCCAAUAAUCUCUCCUUCCUCAGAGGUGCGCUCGGUUACUCACUAAAGCAUCAGAUUGGUGUAGGCACUGAGCAGGGAUGAAUGAAACAGGAGAGUAUUUUCCCGCUAUUGACACGGUUACAUAGAAGCUGACAGUAUUUCAACCACAUGAAAAUAUGCAUGCAAGAUGAACUGAAAUCUACCACCAGAGAUAAACUCUGUGUGUGUGUGUGUGUGUGUGUGUGUGUGUGUGUGUGUGUGUGUGUGUGUGUGUGUGUGUGUGUGUGUGUACAGUACCAGUUUUGAGC